AAAAAAAAGUGCAGUGACGUGAAGAAGAAGCCAAAUCGGAAGUAGAAAUCUAUCCGGAAGUUAGCGCUAGUUGGGAAGUUAAAAAUGGAAGCUGCUGUGUUUAUUCUCUCGCUUGUCGACUGCUGCGCCUUGAUUUUCCUGUCUGUGUACUUUAUAAUCACUCUGUCUGAUCUUGAAUGUGACUACAUUAAUGCCCGAGCUUGCUGUUCAAAGCUAAACAAAUGGGUUAUACCCGAGCUGAUCGGCCAAGCUCUAGCCACAUUGCUAAUGCUAGUCUCCAUGCACUGGUUUAUUUUCCUCCUCAAUGUACCGGUGGCAUCGUGGAAUGUUUACAGAUAUUUGAAGGUUCCUAUGGGUAACAUGGGAGUGUUCGACCCAACAGAGAUCCACAACAGAGGACAGUUAAAGUCCCAUAUGAAAGAAGCCAUGAUCAAAUUAGGUUUCCACCUACUGUGCUUUUUCAUCUAUUUGUACAGUAUGAUCCUGGCACUGAUCAAUGAUUGAUGCAGCAGAGACGCAAGAACCCCAACUGCCAAAACCAUAAACUGUCCAAUUUGUGCUGUGAAUACGGUCAUCUCUCACAGCUAAAGCCAAUACAAAAAAAAAAAUACAAAAAAAAAGACAAACACAGCAUCAAUCCACACUCCAGCAGACACAUCCUCAUGCUAUAAUCAUCUCCUUAUUCAGUCGACUCGAGAGACUGGCGUUCCUGUGUGUUGUUUGCUCACAUAUUUGCAUUGAUGUAAAGCUUUGUGUAUUUUUUAUUAUUUUUUUUUAUUCCGCUGUUUUUAAAGGCUCUCAAGCUGUAGCACUGUUCCCAUCUUGCGCUGCUUCUCAGGGCUGAAUCAACAAGACAAUCUCACUGACUCAUCAGAGCAACCGAUAAGCUUACAGCUCGUGAGCACGUCAUCUCUCCACACGCUUGUCUUAAAUGUGCUGUCAUUCUAAAUGUGUCCACCUGUCUCCCAGAUGGACACUUUUGAAUUUUGUAAAUUGCUGGAAUAAGCUGUGUAUAAUGUUUUUAUGUUCUUUGCUUACUGUUAUUACUAAGAAUGGUUUUAAAUUGUAAGCACAUUUUUUAUUGACCAACUUGCCAUGAUUUAGAGAGAAGUUAGAACAUAUUUCACGUACAAUUAACGCAAAGGUUUGUGUCCCUGUUUUCUGCAGUGUUAUUCCUAUGUUUCGGGGUGUCAUCAUUACCUCUAUGCCUUCUGGUUUUCAUUUUAACAAAUCUAUCAGUUCAUCUGCCCAGCUGCAGUUUGUUGGUGUGAGCCAUUCUCACAUUCAUUAUUAAAGUUGAGUCCAGUUAGAAUGAAAAUCACUAUGCCGCUCAGGGGUAUGAAGCUGGGAAUUCCUGCUGUGAUGUAUCUUUUUAGGUUUUUGGUUGUAGUCUUAAGGCAGCGGUCUGACAAAAUCAAUUGAGAUAUAGCUUUAGCACUAGCAUUUCUGCUGUCAUUGGUUUUGUGUAUGCUAUUAUAACAUGAUGCAAAAGUUUCUCCUUGCUGGCGGUAGCUCCUGGACCUUACACUGAUCCAUGAACUAAAAUAUUUUUCCAGACAGUCCUAGAGUGUGCCACACAAAUCAGGGAUGCGAGCAUUACAUUGUAUUUCCAUUUAAAAGUAAUCCUGGCAAUUCUCUGAAAGUUAAAUUUGUAGUUUUUAUUCCUUUUAGGGAUUUUUUUCCCCAUUUUGUAAGCAUAAUCGUGUAAUUCUUGCAGAUGUGGUUAUCUUUGAAUCACCAUUUGCCAACUCGAGAUUCCAUUGGAGUCUUUAAACGUAUAAAAUAACCCAUGACAGGUUCAUUUAUUAAAAUUCAUACACAAACAUUUCUUUUCCAAAACUAAUUUAGGACUUUAUUAAGUCAUUAUAGGCUACAGAGAUGUAAAUUGAAUAUUGUGAAUUAGAGCAAGAAUGAUGGUAUCCAGUGCAUUUAACUUGCAUCGCCUGAGAUUCUUGGUUGAUUAAAGCAACUUUCCUUUAUACUUUUGUUGGCCAACAGGACAUUUAGAUAUAUUGCGAUACUGUCUUUCCCCCAAAAAUGCACCUCAACAAAUAAACACUGCAUGGAAAUGAAAAAAGGGAACAUUGUAAGUGCAUAUAUAUAUAUUAUAUAUAUAUUUUUUAUUCUAAAGUUCCUCAGGCAUGUGCAUUGUCUUGGCAGAUCAGUGUUAUGCCACCCAGCAGCAAUCCGAUAAACUGAUGGUGACUCGUUUUUCUAUUUUUUUAAAACCCUGAAUGCUUUAUUGAAAAUAUGCAUAUGUAAGACUUCUCCUACACAUUACAUAACGGUACAAUCACUUAGAAUAUUAACACAGUUAAAUGCAAAACAGAUCCUUCAGAACCUGAUGCAAAGCAAACUGCUUGCCCGGUAAUUGCACGCUGGGCCAUGUGGUUAACGUGCUGGCUGUCUGCCAUGCUUUCACAACACAGGAAAGCAAAAACAAAUCCUCUGAAAAUUAAAUACAAAGUCACCAAAAAGGUCAUUUGCAUAUGCAGAAUAUUAAACAUAUUGUUGGUGAUACAGUGUUUUAACAUUAGUCCUAAGGGGUGUGUGUGUGUGUGUCUAUGUGCAUGUCACUCCUCAGAGACAGGCCAGGUUUGGCUGGUGAGGGGAAGGAUAACCUGUACAGAGGAGCUUACCUGAUACAGGUGGAAACAUAUGUCAUUUGUAAGGAGAUAUGUUCAGUCUAAAUGAUAUUCUUGACCAGUCAUAAUACAUGCCAUAAAAUACACACACAUAAAGCACAUACUUCAAGCAAAUCAUAAUAGGCAAAGUUCCUUAUGCUUGAUGACCAGACUGUAACACUCUGUAUAUUAUAACAUCACAUAGAGAAAAAGAAAAAUCAUUAAGAGGCCACUUCUGAAGAUAUAUUUCUAUUAUAGUUGAGGGAAUAAUAAGUAAAACAAAAGAUCAAUAUAGCCUUAAACAUAAACAAUGAACUAAGCCAAAUAAAAAAAGAAAAAUCCAAAAACUGUGAACGUUAUAUAAUUGUAUAUCUAAACAAAGUUUAAAAAAAAAAAAAAGAUAAAUGAAAUCAAGAUAAAAUAAUCUAAAUAGGACAGUUGACUGACAAAGGGAUUAGUACAUGAGGAUGGAUAUUGCAGUAAGCCAAAACAUUAAGGAAAGAUGAUCUGAAGGCUUGUUUAGGCCCUAGCUUUUUUUUUUUUUUUUUUUUUUGCAUUACUUUUUAUCUGUAUUCCUCAGUAU